AAUGGGGUUAUAUGACUAAGAAGACGCUGGCUGUGUGAGCAUAAAAGGGUACAUACGACGAGAGAGCGAAAAAGCCACUGCAGUAUUUUCCGUUUUUCCUCCGCGGCUUCGGCCCGCUUUCGCGAAAGCGUCGGGCUGUUUAGAAACGUACGUUUUCAGACAAAUUUGUUUUCUGACCCCGAGGAAAAUGUGACAACGUUUUGCAUAACGCAAAGAUGUUGUUCGUGAAACCAUUGUGCUGAUAAACCAUGGAUUUCGUGACCAAACAUUGAUGAAAUCAAGAACUUGGCUGCCGUGGAGGGUACAUAACAGGAGAAGAAGUUGCUGCAGGAUGAAAACAUGGCUGCACCCAUUUCUGCACCGCCAGGACCUGACAGCUUCAAAUACUUUACCAGGGAAUCUCUGUGUGAAAUCGAGAAGCGCAUUGCUGAGGAGAAAGCCAAACCACCACCUAAACCAGACAGCAGCUACCGCGACGAUGAUGAUGAGAACAAGCCCAAGCAUAACAGUGACCUGGAGGCGGGCAAGAGUCUGCCCUUCAUUUAUGGGGACAUCCCUCCUGGCAUGGUGGCAACACCAUUGGAGGAUCUCGAUCCUUUCUACAUGAAUAAGAAAACGUUUAUAGUCCUAAAUAAAGGGAAAACAAUCUUCCGCUUUAGUGCCACAUCUUCCUUGUACAUGAUAAGUCCUUUUAAUCUCGCAAGGCGAAUAGCGAUUAAAAUUUUGAUACAUUCAGUAUUCAGCAUGUUCAUUAUGUGUACGAUUUUGACCAACUGUGUGUUCAUGACUUUUAGUAAUCCUCCUGAGUGGUCCAAACAAGUAGAGUAUACCUUCACUGGAAUUUAUACAUUUGAAUCAACUGUAAAAAUCAUUGCCCGUGGAUUCUGUAUAGAUGAUUUCACAUUCCUUAGAGAUCCAUGGAACUGGCUGGAUUUCAUGGUCAUCUCAAUGGCAUAUGUAACAGAGUUUGUGGACCUGGGGAAUGUAUCUGCGCUGAGAACAUUCAGAGUUCUCCGAGCAUUGAAAACUAUCUCUGUCAUUCCAGGUCUGAAGACCAUUGUUGGCGCUUUGAUCCAGUCGGUGAAGAAGCUGUCAGAUGUGAUGAUCCUCACCGUUUUCUGCCUCAGUGUCUUUGCCCUCAUUGGUCUGCAGCUCUUCAUGGGAAAUCUGCGACAAAAGUGUGUCAUCUGGCCCAUCAACAUCACAGAAAUAUACCAGGCCAAUGGCACCCAUGCAUUCAACUGGGAUGAGUACAUCAUGAAUAAGACCAAUUUCUACUUCCUGCCGGACCAGCUGGAUGCUCUUCUGUGUGGAAACAGCUCGGAUUCAGGUCGCUGUCCUGAAGGCUACACAUGCAUGAAGGCUGGUCGCAAUCCAAACUAUGGGUACACCAGCUUUGACAGUUUUGGCUGGGCUUUCCUGGCUCUAUUCCGCCUCAUGACGCAGGACUUUUGGGAGAACUUGUACCAGCUGACCCUGAGAGCAGCGGGGAAAACAUACAUGAUUUUCUUUGUGCUGGUAAUCUUUGUUGGCUCAUUCUACCUUGUGAAUCUGAUCCUGGCUGUGGUGGCCAUGGCAUAUGAGGAACAGAACCAGGCCACUAUGGAAGAGGCGGAGCGAAAGGAGGUGGAGUUUAAAGCCAUGCUCGAACAGCUGAAGAAACAUCAGGAGGAUGCGCAGGCAAACGCCAUGGCGACAUCGGCGGGGACGGUGUCUGAGGAUGUGGUGGAGGAUGAUGGUGAUGGAGGUGGGAACUUGUCCUGCAGCUCAUCUGAGAUGUCUAAACUCAGCUCUAAGAGUGCUAAAGAACGACGCAACCGCAAGAAGAAGUGGCGGCAGAAAGAGCAGGACAAGGAGAAAGGGGACAGUGAGAAGUUUGUCAAAUCAGAAUCGGAUGAUGGAAGCAGGAGGAGCAGAUUCCGUUUCACUGACAACCGCUUAGGACGUAGGAGUUCUAUAAUGAACCAGUCUCUGCUCAGCAUCCCAGGCUCACCAUUCCCUUCAAGACGCAACAGUAAGAGCAGCAUCUUCAGCCGCUGUAAGGACGGAGGCUCGGAGAACGAGUUUGCAGAUGAUGAGCACAGCACGGUUGAGGAGUACGACGAGCGGCGCGAUUCGUUCUUAAGCCCCCAACGUCGCAGCAGCUACACUGGAUACUAUGGCAAGCGCAACAGCACUGUGGAUUGCAAUGGAGUGGUCUCUCUCAUCGGGCCGGGGCCUGGCGGACGCCUACUGCCUGAGCCAACCACUGAUCUUGAAAUUAAGAAGAAGCUCUCAGGCUCUCUAAUGGUUUCCGUAGAGCAGCUUAACACAUCAUUCGGGCGCAAGGAGCGAGCCAACAGUGUCAUGAGUGCAGUAACAAACACAUUGGUUGAGGAAUUGGAAGAGUCUCAGAGGAAUUGUCCACCAUUUUGGUACAAAUUUGCCAACAAGUUUCUUAUCUGGGAGUGCGGCCCUGUUUGGAUGAGGGUUAAGGAGAUUGUGAACCUGAUUGUGAUGGACCCUUUUGUAGACUUGUCUAUCACCAUUUGUAUUGUGCUGAAUACUCUCUUCAUGGCCAUGGAGCAUUACCCUAUGACGGAGAAUUUUGAGCAUGUGCUGUCUGUCGGAAACCUGGUGUUUACUGGUAUCUUCACUGCCGAAAUGUUUGCCAAACUGGUUGCAAUGGACCCAUACUACUAUUUCCAGGAAGGCUGGAAUAUUUUUGAUGGCUUUAUCGUGAGCUUGAGUUUAAUGGAGUUGGGCUUGGCCGAUGUAGAAGGUCUUUCUGUGCUGAGAUCAUUCCGAUUGCUGAGAGUUUUUAAACUGGCUAAGUCAUGGCCCACCCUCAACAUGCUGAUAAAGAUCAUCGGUAACUCAGUGGGAGCUUUGGGGAACCUGACCCUGGUGUUGGCCAUCAUCGUCUUCAUCUUCGCCGUGGUGGGCAUGCAGUUGUUUGGGAAGAGCUACAAGGACUGUGUGUGUAAGAUCGCUGAAGAUUGUGAGCUGCCCCGCUGGCACAUGAAUGACUUCUUUCACUCAUUCUUAAUCGUGUUCCGGGUGUUAUGUGGAGAGUGGAUUGAGACCAUGUGGGACUGUAUGGAGGUGGCUGGACAGGGAAUGUGUCUCAUCGUCUUCAUGAUGGUCAUGGUCAUAGGAAACUUGGUGGUCUUGAAUCUGUUCCUUGCCUUGCUGCUGAGCUCAUUCAGCGCAGACAACUUGGCAGCUUCUGAUGAUGAUGGUGAGAUGAACAACCUGCAGAUUUCAGUUAUUCGCAUUAAGAAGGGAAUUGCCUGGGUGAAGGUCAAAGUUCGAGAACUGGUCAACAACAUCCUCGGGAGGAAGGCCACAGAUGAGGCCAAGCCGCUAGAUGACAUGUACGACCGGAAGCUGAACUGUAUUGCCAAUCACACAGGCGUGGACAUCAGCCGUGACCUGGACUAUCAGAAAAAUGGCAACGGAACCACCAGUGGUAUUGGCAGUAGCGUGGGCAAGUACAUGAUUGAUGACGACCACAUGUCCUUCAUCCACAACCCCAACCUGACCGUAUGCGUGCCCAUCGCCGUGGGCGAGUCAGACUUUGAGAAUCUCAACACAGAAGAUUUCAGUAGCGAGUCUGAAGCUGAGGGCAGCAAAGAAUUGGAUGACAUCAGCUCUUCAGAAGGCAGCACUAUAGAUAUUAAACCAGAGGUAGAGGAAGCGGUGGUGGUGGAGGCAGUAGAGGAAUAUGUUGACCCUGAAGCUUGCUGGACUGAAGCUUGUGUGGCCCGCUACAAGUGUUGUGAUGUGCCCAUCACGGAGGGCUGGGGUAAGAAUUGGUGGUUCCUCCGGAAGACCUGCUAUCUCAUUGUGGAGCACAACUGGUUUGAAACCAUCAUCAUCUUUAUGAUCCUCCUCAGUAGUGGAGCAUUGGCUUUUGAGGAUGUGUACAUUGAACAGAGAAAGACAAUCCGUAUCAUUCUGGAGUAUGCUGACAAGGUCUUUACCUACAUCUUCAUAUUGGAGAUGUUAUUGAAGUGGGUGGCCUACGGUUUUGUGAAGUACUUCACCAACGCCUGGUGCUGGCUGGACUUCUUCAUUGUUGACGUGUCUAUAGUCAGCCUUAUAGCUAAUGCGCUGGGCUACUCCGAACUAGGGCCCAUUAAAUCACUCAGGACACUAAGGGCCCUGAGACCCCUCAGAGCAUUGUCACGUUUUGAAGGGAUGAGGGUGGUAGUCAACGCCUUGGUGGGUGCCAUCCCUUCCAUUAUGAAUGUCUUGCUGGUUUGCCUCAUCUUUUGGCUGAUUUUCAGUAUCAUGGGUGUCAAUCUGUUUGCGGGAAAGUAUUACUACUGCUACAACGAGACUGAAAAGGCAUACUUCGAAAUUGAUACGGUCAACAACAAAACAGAGUGCUAUGAGUUGAUACAUCAGAACUUCACUGAGGUGCGCUGGAAGAACGUCAAAAUCAACUUUGACAAUGUGGGUGCUGGUUACUUGGCUCUGCUGCAAGUGGCAACCUUUAAAGGAUGGAUGGACAUCAUGUAUGCAGCAGUUGAUUCACGAAAGGUGGGAGACCAACCAAAAUAUGAGGACAACAUCUACAUGUACAUCUACUUUGUCAUCUUCAUUAUAUUUGGCUCUUUCUUCACACUCAACCUCUUCAUUGGUGUCAUCAUUGAUAACUUCAACCAGCAGAAGAAAAAGUUUGGAGGUCAGGAUAUCUUUAUGACAGAGGAGCAAAAGAAGUACUACAAUGCUAUGAAGAAGCUUGGCUCAAAGAAACCUCAGAAACCCAUACCCAGACCCCAGAACAAGCUCCAGGGGAUGGUGUUUGACUUUGUGACACAGCAGGUCUUUGAUAUUUCCAUCAUGAUCCUCAUUUGUUUGAACAUGGUCACCAUGAUGAUUGAGACAGAUGAUCAGUCACAAGAGACUGAAAACAUUCUAUACUGGGUUAACUUCAUCUUCAUUGUGGCCUUCACCUCUGAGUUUGUCCUGAAGCUGUUUGCACUGCGUCAUUAUUACUUCACCAAUGGCUGGAACGUCUUUGACUGUGUUGUGGUCAUUCUCUCUAUCGUGGGUAUGUUCCUGGCUGACCUGAUUGAGAAGUACUUUGUGUCACCAACAUUGUUCAGGGUAAUCCGUCUGGCUCGAAUCGGACGUAUCUUGCGUCUGAUCAAAGGAGCAAAGGGCAUUCGGACUUUACUGUUUGCCCUGAUGAUGUCACUGCCAGCCCUGUUCAAUAUUGGCCUUCUGCUGUUCUUGGUUAUGUUCAUCUUUUCUAUCUUUGGCAUGUCAAACUUCGCCUACGUGAAGCGGGAGUCUGGCAUAGACGACAUGUAUAAUUUUGAAACAUUUGGGAAUAGCAUGAUCUGCCUGUUCAUGAUAACCACCUCAGCGGGGUGGGAUGGCCUUCUUGCUCCCAUUCUCAACUACCCACCGGAUUGUGACCCGAGUAAGGAGAAUACAGGUACCUCAGUGAAAGGUAACUGCGGAAACCCUUCGGUGGGCAUCUUCUUCUUUGUCAUGUACAUCAUUGUCUCAUUUCUUAUUGUUGUGAACAUGUACAUCGCCAUCAUUCUGGAGAACUUCAGCGUCGCCACAGAGGAAAGUGCUGAUCCACUUUGCGAGGAUGACUUUGAGUCAUUCUACGAAAUCUGGGAAAAGUUUGACCCCACUGCCUCCCAGUUUGUUACCUUUGCCAAGCUGAGCGACUUCGCUGACACUCUGGAGCACCCGCUGCGCGUUCCCAAGCCCAACACUAUAGAGCUGAUUGCCAUGGACCUGCCCAUGGUGAGUGGCGACCGCAUUCACUGCCUAGACAUUUUGUUUGCCUUCACCAAACGUGUGUUGGGUGAUAGCGGUGACCUGGACAUGAUGCGGCAACAGAUGGAGGAGCGAUUCAUUGCUGCCAAUCCUUCCAAAGUGUCUUUUGAGCCCAUCACCACCACUCUGCGCCGAAAGCAGGAGCACAUGUCUGCCUCGGUCAUCCAGCGUUCUUACCGUGCUUAUCUAAUUCGGAGAGGCUUCCUCACAAAGCGCUUGCUAAGCAGCAGCAGGCUGGAGAAUGGCGGGACCAAUCAGGACAAGAAGGAGGGCACACCUUCUACUGCCUCGCUGCCAUCCUAUGACAGCGUGACCAAACCCGAGAAGGAGAAGCUGGAGGAGAGUGACAGCAAGGGCAAAAAGGGCAAAAACCAAAAAGAUGUCAAGGAAUCCAAGUGUUAGGAAUGAUGGCGACCGAACUCUUGAGUCGAGACUGAAGCUAUCUAUUCCAACAAAUGUAUAGAAAAUCAUUUGCAACAAAAAACACAGAAAUCUUUGGGGAACAAGGUUGUUUACAGACAACAAAUGCACCGGUGCAACAGGAAAGCAGCUUGAUUUUUACAGAUUUAAUGAUGACCAAACCAACCUAUGAGCUUACUGUCUUACAUUUGUGCUCAGUGACCAAGAUUUUACUGUUCCAACUGCAGCCGAAAGGCACUUACAAGGAGAAAUAAAAUAAUGACCUAUGGCAGACAUCUUUGAUAGGGACCACCUGCCAAAGGACAAAGCAGUACAAAGCAAGCUCAUAAGAUGGAUCCUUUUGCACCACCAUGCGUGGAGUUCAGCAUUUCUCUGCUAUGGACAUCCCUUUCAAACACUACACUGCCGAAAUCCCACGGAAACCUCCCGCUCAUCCCAAGAGGAUUCCGGGACGUUGUAUUUUAACCAUAGGAGAACCAGUAAUAACGACGUUAACUCAAUCAUGUGGAGUGUCCGCGGAAAAAAACAAAAAAAACUAAACAGAACAUUAUGCAAGGGUUUUCAGUUGUUGUGAUGAAUAUCUCACCUUAUUUGACCCACAAAAAGUAGGGAAAAAAGCUCAGCCCAUGUCAUUCAUCUCGUCAUCAUCUCUUUGUUAUACUUUCAGAAAAAAGACAUUUUAUACAUGGGCUUUCACAUCGAUACUGGGUUGGGGAUUUAUCAGGGUUUUGACUUAGGCUGAAAGGGACUUACUCAGACCGAGUUCCUGGUAAAUAAAUAAUUAAUUGUGCUUGUUCAAUGCAUAGAAAUGACUUGCAUGGUGGCAUGUUUUGAUCAGGAAUCAUGCAUGUAUAAUCAUAGUCCACUUGACACUGCUACUCAAACCACAUCAGUGGCUUGACCAUACAUUCGAUACUGUCCACUAGUUAUCAAAUUAAAUAGAUAUAGCUGGGAAAUGAUUGGUCAAUAGCAACAUAUUAACUACUGGCUAUGACAAGUAUACUUAUACUUACCCCUCGUAAAGCUUGCUUCCUGAUUAACCAAUUCUCACACCAUGCGUCAUGUGCGUAUUUUAAGGUGGUCGAUCAAAGCUAUGCCUUCGUUUGGAUAUACAAUGUGGUAACUGCACAUUCACACCCUCGUAGGGGUGUUUCACUGCCCUGGACUUGUGGAGAAGUUGGAAUGAAAAUUUGGAGAAGCGAUUUCACUCAAAUCAAAUCUUGGGUUCAUAAACCUUGAUUUGCUUUUUUGCACCAGCAAUAUGAUUCAACUGCCCCUCAAUGUGCAGCUGAGGCUCCAGUAGGGCCUUCAAUAGAUCUUCAAAAGGUACAGCCACCAUGCCAUUUAAACCCUUACAAUGCUUUGUCAGGCCUCGGUGGGAGGCGAUCUCUUCGAUUUUCCUGGAGGUACUUGUCUUCGUGUCAGCACAUACACAUGUUUUCCAUUUA